AUGCAUAUGCCAGGAAUUCCCACAGGUCAGAGCCAGCCAGAACUUCUAGACUGUGCAGUUCUGGGUCAUACACCUCAUCAAUAUCUUUUUGCUUCCACAGAAAUAGAAAAGUUUCAAAAAGGAGAAAGCAAGGAUGAAGAAAAGUACAUUGAUGUGGUGAUAAAUAAGAACAUGAAGCUGGGACAGAAAGUGUUAAUUCCUGUAAAACAGUUUCCUAAGUUCAACUUUGUGGGGAAACUUCUGGGUCCACGUGGCAAUUCUCUGAAGCGCUUACAAGAAGAAACCUUGACAAAAAUGUCCAUCCUUGGAAAAGGUUCUAUGAGAGACAAGGCAAAGGAAGAAGAGUUGAGGAAAAGUGGGGAAGCAAAAUACUUUCACCUCAAUGAUGACCUCCAUGUGCUCAUUGAAGUGUUUGCUCCACCAGCAGAAGCUUAUGCCCGAAUGGGACAUGCUUUGGAAGAAAUCAAAAAGUUCCUCAUCCCUGACUACAAUGACGAGAUCCGGCAAGCUCAGCUUCAGGAACUGACAUAUCUGAAUGGUGGUUCAGAGAAUGCAGAUGUUCCAGUGGUGCGAGGGAAGCCCACCCUGCGUACAAGAGGUGUAGCCACCCCAGCCCUAGCCAGAGGAAGAGGCGUUACAGCCCGGCCAGUUGGGGUUGGUGUACCACGAGGAACGCCAGCUCCGCGGGGAGUCCUCUCUACCAGAGGGCCCGUGAGCCGGGGAAGAGGACUUCUUACUCCCAGGGCUAGAGGAGUGCCUCCAAGUGGGUAUAGAGCUCCACCGCCACCCCCAACACAAGAAACCUACGGAGAAUAUGACUAUGACGAUGGAUAUGGCACUGCUUAUGAUGACCAGAGUUACGAUUCCUAUGAUAACAGCUACAGCACCCCAGUCCAAAGUGGAGCUGACUACUAUGAUUAUGGACAUGGACUCAGUGAGGAGACAUACGAUUCCUAUGGGCAAGAGGAGUGGACUAACUCAAGACACAAAGCACCUUCAGUGAGGACGGCAAAGGGCAUCUACAGAGACCAGCCAUAUGGCAGAUACUGAUUGUACUGUCUGAUGUUGUGAAAUAGCCAAUCUCCACCCGUCCUGUAUACUGUUCAAAGUAAUUUUUUUCUAUGAACAAUCCCUUUUUAAAUAAAUCAAAAUGCUUAAAACCUGAAUGGAUGGAACUUAAAACUACUUUGUUUGAAACAUCCACCUGGGCAGGAAAAAACAAGACAUGUAAAAUUUUGUUAUUUCUAGUCUGUAUAUGAAAAAAUAGGUCAUCAAAAGGAAAAAAAAUAACUUUGAUUAACUAGUGUUAAACAAAAAGAUAGGUUACUAAAUAUGUUAAUCCAUUCUUUUAACAUAAGCCUCACCUUUCAUUUUAAAGGUUUCCAUAGAGUUUAGUUAUUUUAUCUUUAAGCCAUAUGCUAGUAUUUUUUUUCUUCUCUUGCCAACAUGCGUAAAAAGGGAAGCCAGUUUCAAGUGAAAAUAAUGUGGUAUUCUUUUGUAACUCAAGUCUUGAAAUGUUCUGUAGUGUUAAGCAAAGUCUCCUCUUGCUUGAUACUAAAUAAACUUUUGAAAGAAA